UACUCGCGUCUGGCGGCUUCGGCGUCGUCUCGCGCAUGACACGACGUUCUAAAAACGCGAGAUCUUACGUUUUUCCCCCUUUCCUCCACCCAUUUAAAGCUGGAUGAUUGCAAACGAGUGUGAAUGCGAGCAUCUGCUUCAUCGUGGUCCAUGAGAGUUUUAAUGCUGGGGAAUAUUCCCAUCUUCCCACAGCUGAAGAAGAAGCAAGCAGGAGGAAUUACUCCAGGAGAAACUACUGAUAUACUAUUGAUAAGAUGGAGUUUGAGGAAGAACCCUGCAGAAUUAAAGAUGAAGAUACAGAGGAACAAACAGAUUCAAUGGAAGUAACUGAAGACGAGCAACAUCGGUUUAAAAAAACUCACCAUUUCACAAAUGAAGAUGGAAAUAGUGUUUCACAGACUGAAAUGAACUUCACAUCAAAAAGUGCUCGCAAAUUUGCUGAAAAAGGUUCUAUCACCUGCACCAAGUGUGGAAGAAGUUUCAAUGAUAAAUCAAAUCUUAUGAGACACAUGAGAUUUCAUACUGGAGAAAAACCGUAUGCAUGCACUCAGUGUGGAAAGAGUUUCGUUCUGAAAGGAGGAUUGAAUCGGCACCUGCAAGUUCACACUGGAGAAAAACCAUUCACGUGCACUCAAUGUGGAAAAGGUUUCACAUCCAAAAGCAUUCUGAGGGAUCAUCUGCGCUCUCACGCUGGAGUGAGAUCAUUCAGCUGUGAUCAGUGUGAUAAAACAUUUAUUUUUGAAACUAACUUAAGAGAACACCUUAAAAUUCAUACUGGUGUGAAGCCUUACAUUUGCAGUUUUUGUGGAAAGAGGUUUUCAGUACUGAAAAGCUUACAAUAUCACCAGAGUAUUCAUACUGGAGUGAGACCUUAUAUGUGCUUUGAGUGUGGGAAGACCUUUAGUUCAUCGAGCAACUUAAAAACACACCAGAGGAUUCACACUGGAGAGAAACCUUACAAGUGCUCACACUGUGGAAAGAGCUUCUCUCAUUCACCGACCUUGAAAGAUCAUGAGAGAAUUCACACGGGAGAGAAGCCGUUCCAGUGCUCCUCAUGCGGGAAGAGUUUCGCCCGCUCCUCUAAUCUACUGACGCAUAAGAAAAAGCGUUGUUUGAGUGAGCAAAAGCAUUUGUGAAACAAUGGCAAGAUCAGUCCGUUAAUGUUCCUGUUAAUGGUGUCCUGUUCCUGUUAAUAACAACCUCUGUUAAUGUUCAUGAGCUGUUCAAUGGUGUUAGAAACUCUUGCACUGAAGGUGAAAACAAUUAAAUCAGUCCAGUUUUGGCUUGGGGUAGUUUAUGGUUGAAUGGGUUUAUUAAGAGCGAUGCCAUUUUAUUAUUUAUAUAGCCAAUAAUGUUUUGUGAUACACUGAUUUCUAUGAGAAAUAAAAAGAAAAGAAAACUUAAGUGUCUUAUUAAAUUAAUAAACUGACUUUUGUUUACAAGUGAUCAAAUGGUUUCGUUAAAUGACAGAUGUCGCAUUUUCAUGUUUUUUUGAAUUUGACUCUUGAUGGCACCAUUGUAUUGUCAAGCAUGGAUCACGAAACGUCUUUAAAUCUGCUGUUUUAUUACCUUGUGAGUACAUUUAUGGAAACUGUGAGAAGGCAUAAUUUAGGAAAUGAGAAGCUCCUAAAAUCCAAAAAUGCCAAAAUUUAAUUUCCUCAUUUUAAAUUUCAUGCUGCUCUCUUCUUAUGAUGAAUUUCUUCAUCAUAUUUUAUUCUACUCUAUUUUGUAUUUUUUUUAUUUGCAUUUCAUAAAGCUGUGACCAAUUAUUGGACUGCAUUUAUCUGUAUCUAGAAAUCUGUGUGACACCUGAAAAUGUUAAUUUUGCUCAUUUUGCAACAGACUGCCGAUAGCAAUAAUUUUUUUUUUUUUUUUUUUUUCAAAUAUUGUGUCAUCAAAAGGAUGCUGCUAGCAUCAUACUAUUUCACAUUUUAAUUUGAGACACACUAACAAAGAAAUGUUCUAGAGUCAGUUUUGUAAACAAAAUAAAACAUUAUUUUCAAA